AUGAGCCACGACCGUGCUGCGCUCCAGCCACCGCCGUGCUGCGCUCCAGCCACCGCCGUGGAGCCACGAGCCGUGCUCGCGCUCCAGCCAACGCCCCACCAGAACAUCCAGCCACCACCGGAGGGCUCCAGCCACGACCGUGCUCGCUCCAGCCACCACCGUGCUCGCUCCAGCCACCACCGAGAGCUCGCGUCCAGCCACCGCCGUGCUCGCUCAGCAGCCACCACAGUGCUCGCUCAGCAGCCACCACCGUGCUCGUGCUCCAGCCACGAACAUGAGAGGAGCCACCGCCGUGACCUGGAGCAGCCACCACAGUGCUCGCUCAGCAGCCACCACCGUGCUCGUGCUCCAGCCACCACAGUGCUCGCUCAGCAGCCACCACCGUGCUCGUGCUCCAGCCACCGCCGUGGAGCAGCCACCACAGUGCUGCUCAGCAGCCACCACCGUGCUCGCGCUCCAGCCACGACCUGGAGUUCGCGCUCCAGCCACCGAGUGCUCGCUCAGCAGCCACCACAGUGCUCGCUCAGCAGCCACCACCGUGCUCGUGCUCCAGCCACGAUGAGAGCCACGAGUGCUGCUCUGCAGCCACCACCGUGCUCGCUCAGCAGCCACGACCGUGCCGCUCCAGCCACGGCCAUACCAGAACAUGAGAGCCACGACCGUGCUCGCGCUUCAGCCAUCGCCGUGCUCGAGAGGAGGGUGACUGGCCAUCGCCGUGCUGAGCAGCCACCACCGAACUCGCGCUCCAGCCAUGACCGUGCUCGCGGAGCCACCACCGUGCUCACGCUCCAGCCACGACCGUGCUCGCUCAGCAGCCACGGGUGCUCGCUCAGCAGCCACGACCGUGCUCGCGCUCCAGCCACCACCAUGAUCGCUCCAGUCACCACCGUGCUCACUCAGCAGCCAUACCAUGCUCAUCCAGCCACCACCGGCAACCGCCGUGCUCCAGCCACCACCGUGCUCGUGCUCCAGCCACGACUGUGCGCCGCCAUGCUCACUCCAGCCACCACCAUGCUGCUCCAGCCACCACCGCUCGCGCUCCAGCCACCACCGUGCUCGCUCCAGCCACGACCGCGCUCGCGCUCCAGCCACCACCGUGCUCGCUCCAGCCACCACCGUGCUCGCUCAGCAGCCACCACCGUUCUCGCGCUCCAGCCACGCCACCAGCCAUGGCCCGUGCUCGCUCCAGCCAUGACCAUAGCAGAGGAGCCCAGCUCAACCAGCCAGUCUUCCCCAGCCCUGUCCUCUACCAGCCAGGUUUCCCUAGCCCUGUCCUCACAUAGCAGAGGAGCCCAGCUCAACCAGCCAGUCUUCCCCAGCCCUGUCCUCUACCAGCCAGGUUUCCCCAGCCCUGUCCUCACACACAGAGGAGCCCAGCUCAACCAGCCAGGCUUCCCCAGCCCUGCCUGCUGCACCCCUCCUCCCCAACCCACAGAACAGCCUCCCACUGACAGCGGCACCGGCACAAACCAGCCACACCCCAGCUCCAACACCCACCAGACAACCCCCCCCAGACACAAAAGGAGAAAGCACCUCCCUUCUCCUGCGUACCUGCUCUCUGUGGGCAGACACCUCCCUUCUCCUGCGUACCUGCUCUCUGUGGGCAGACACCUCCCUUCUCCUGCGUACCUGCUCUCUGUGGGCAGACACCUCCCUUCUCCUGCGUACCUGCUCUCUGUGGGCAGACACCUGCCUUCUCCUGCGUACCUGCUCUCUGUGGGCAGACACCUCCCUUCUCCUGCGUACCUGCUCUCUGUGGGCAGACACCUGCUUUCUCCUGCGUACCUGCUCUCUGUGGGCAGACACCUGCCUUCUCCUGCGUACCUGCUCUCUGUGGGCAGACACCUGCCUUCUCCUGCGUACCUGCUCUCUGUGGGCAGACACCUCCCUUCUCCUGCGUACCUGCUCUCUGUGGGCAGACACCUGCCUUCUCCUGCGUACCUGCUCUCUGUGGGCAGACACCUGCCUUCUCCUGCGUACCUGCUCUCUGUGGGCAGACACCUGCCUUCUCCUGCGUACCUACUCUCUGUGGGCAGACACCUGCCUUCUCCUGUGUACCUGCUCUCUGUGGGCAGACACCUCCCUUCUCCUGCGUACCUGCUCUCUGUGGGCAGACACCUGCCUUCUCCUGCGUACCUGCUCUCUGUGGAGUUCUCCCGGUGUUCCCGGUGA